GCACAUCUUGUACCCAUGUGUCAUCCCACAAGUCUGCACGUCUCAUCGGUGUCAGCCGCACACUCACAGCUUUUUGCAACGGGGUCAGGUUUGCAAUCUUGUGAAGAUGUUUGUAUGGCAGGUAAAUGUACACAGUAUGUGUCUGUGUGUAUCCAGGUGAAGGAGCUGUACCAGGGAGUGCUUGGGAAACUGCAGCUACUCCACCCACGCUUGAUCACUGAGGAGAGGAUGGGGGAGAGUUAUGAGAGGAUGAGGAGGGAGGUGGAGAGGGAGGUGGUGCGGCGAAAGACUUUGGCAUCACAGCUGAGGACUCUGCUGGGCAGUCAGCUGGAGGUACUGAGGCGAGAGCAGCGGGCCCAGCAGGGGGUCCACAGCGUGUUGACAGCUCAGCUCAGAGAGUGCACCAGAGUAUUGUCCAAAGUUUAUAACAGCAACCAGCCAUCCUGUGAACUACACCAGCAAAGUUUGAUCCAGAGGCUGACGUCCCUGGUGGAUGAGAUGGGAGAGCUGGUGUCAGCAGAGUGCCAGCGUCAGGGAGCCUGGGGGUUGUUGGGGGAGGGUACAGGGGCCAAGCUGCUCUGCCCUGAAACUGGAACUGUGCUGACCAAGGACCACAUCUUUGGUCCUGAUGGGUCCCUGCGUGUCUGCCAGGCAGUUCGUUGUGAUUCAGUCACAGGUCUCAUAAGGCCGUGUGCUCACAGCCAUAUGCUGCUGAGCAGCGGCCACACGAUGGCAGUGCCACCAGAUUUCUUCCUCCACCCACAGACUGGCAGAGCUCUGCCUAUAGCUGGCAAUGUGGGUUAUGACCCUGUGAGCUCUACUUUAGUGAUCGCAGCUGACUUAUGUACAGUAGACAACAGGAAGUGGGACAGUCCCCUCCUUCCUUUCAUUCCUUACCCAACGUCCCGCCACUCAGACCAGCCUCUGCCUAGCAGUCGGCUCAGAGGCCUCAAACCAGGCCAGAGACUGCAGCUGGGUGUCCCCAUGGCGGACCCAGACACUGGGGUCCCAGUGCCUAUUCUGGGUGUAACCAUCCACCCUCAAACCGGACUAGUCUACCCACUGGGAGGGGUGCAUGUUUGUCCCCUCACCCGCCUACCACAGCCCAUACAGAUUGGCUAUCCAAUGCUAGAUUCCAGGACGGGAAAUGUUGUGCUCACUGUCGGGGUCGGUCUAGAUCCAGUGACAGGAGCCGUGCUGCCGGUAGGUGGAGUUCUGCUGGCCGAGUCCAUCAUUGAGCCUCUGAGUGGGCGAAUGGUGAGAAUGGGAGGGGCAAACCUACGGGCCGGGCAACUGCUGCCUCAUGCAGGAGGAUACCAGGCUCUCCUAGACUGCAAGGUUCUUGUAGUGAUGUUCAGAGUACUGGAGCUCCUGAAGCCACUGACUGAGGAGUGGGGGUCGGACCAAACGUUGCAGCGCCACCAGGGCAGCGAGAGAGGGAGUGGUCGACAAGACCAUCUCCUCUCUGCAGCCAAGGAGCUCCAGCAGGCCUGGGGACGGAGCCUGCACUGCCAGCUGCAGCUGCAGACCCGGCUUGAGACCCUUCUGGAGUGGGCCGUCGCUCUCCAGCAGGAUGGGGGGACUCUAGGAGAGAUGCCUCUCCCAGGUUCAGAUAUGUGUCUUCCUGCUCUGCUGGGGAUGGAGUACCCGGACCCUAUGGGAUCUGGUUUAAGUGUGCCUGUGCUGGGGUGUCAGACUGACCUCGUCUCUGGGAUUAUAAUUCCAUUGGCAGGGACCAUGGAGGACCCUGAAGGAAAAGGGCUAGUGGCCAUUCGUUAUGGAUCUCAGACUGUUGACCCAGUGACAGGAGUGUUGGCUCCAGUGGUCGGAGCCAGGCUGGAUGUGUCCAGAAACAACGUGGUACCUGUCACAGCUUCCUACUGGCUAACAGUGGCGGAUCAGACUGACAGUGUGCAGGUGGAGGCACUGCAGAGAGAGGUGUGCGUGCGAAAUACUCACUGGCAGCAGCAGAGGCAACGGGAGGAAGAUAUUCUGUCUGAUCUGGACUCUGCAUUAUUCCACUGCCUCUUCAGAGUCGCAGAGGCAAACUCUCCUCAGGUCCACUGGUCAGGGAGGCAGCUGAGGGAAGCAGCCGUGGAGCUACAGGAUGCAGCUCAGGCCGAAGCCCAGCGAAGAGCGGCUCAGCACUCCCACUUGGCUCUGAUCCUGCCUCCACAUGUGUUGCACAUCCUCACACUGGGUGAUGGGGAGGAGUGGGAUCAGCAGUGUGUUUGGCACGCAGAGCUCGUGUCGGGCCUUGAUAAGGUGGACGUGUGUGUGGAGCAGCUGCAGCAAGACCAAGAAAAAUGGAUAUCACAGGGAAGAGACUGGACUGCUCCGCUCCAAGCAAUGGACGUAGAGCUGAGGCAGAGAGAGUUGUGGGAGCAGUGUUGCUGCCGACAGACGGAGUUGGAGGCUACUCUAAACUCUCUGCACUUUGUUAGACAACUUUCUCAGCUCCGCGCCGACACGGCUCAGGCCAUGCUGUGUGGGAACUUUUGGUACAAGGAAUACGGUCUGGUUCAGUGCAGCGUGCACAGGCCGACUGUGAAGGUCAUGGGUUUGCUCCAGCAGAUUGCUUUGCCUCUGCUGGAGAGACUGAACCAGGUCCUGGAAGAUAAACAGCCUGUCAGCUUCUCCCCCAACACCUGCAAUCAGCACAUUUCUGGUUUGUCAACAAAGCAUGCAUCUGGGUUGGACAUGGCCUCGAUAGUCUGGACAAGCUCUGUGCCUGCGGUGAAAGGAAUCUCAACCCAGUCUUUGAGGGAGCCUGCCAAUUUAGCUCACUCCCAGGAAACAGGUCUGCAGGCCAGCUCAGCGCCUACACACAACUCCCAAAGACACGCAGCGUCCUCUGGCAUUCACUCCCAGGAGAGCCAGCCGAGGAAAGAGCCCACCCAACCUACACAUGUCUCUGUCCCCACAAUCCCAGAAGAUGAGUGGAACAAGCUGCUGGAGAUCUCUCCUCUGUUCCAGCUGUUGAAGGGAGUGCAGCUGCAGCUGAAGGGCUGGGCCUGUGGGGCCAGGCUUCUCAGAGGAGACCUCACUGACAGAGGCAAGAGUUUCAUGGAUGUCCUUGAUGCCCAGUGGGAGUGUGAGGGAGAGCUAGUCCCUUUGGACCUGUCAGUACUUAACGCCAGAGAGUUCCUGGUCUACCAGCACGGAUUAUUCCUGAUGCACACGUUAGAUCAUCUAAAACUGACUCCUGUCAUUUCCCUUCAGAUAGCAGCUAGUCUUCCAAACAACAACUACACCAACAAUGCCUUCAGAAAUUCCUUCUUUUAUCAGGAGGCAGAGGAGACCCUCUUUGUCCGUCGCCAGAGGCUCCAGUCAGUUGGAGGCUUCUCUCUGCUGCUGCUCCACUGUCUGUCCCAUGUCAAGAUUAAAGACAUGAGCUCUGACUCAAGUCCUGCCUUCCAGAGGCUUUUCUUCAAGAUACUGCAGGAAUGUCUAGGAGAGCUGUUUCAGGCCAGGUUGGGCAGACCCCCUUCUGGACAGGAAGCCAAUUUGUGUGUGUUGUUUCCGGACCAAGGCGAUUUAAAGGGGACUCUGUCGGACUCUCAUGCUGCCUCCCUGCUUUACAGGCUUCACAAACCAAAUAGAGGAUUGCUAUCUGAAGAUGAAGUAAAGAAACUUCAGAAGAGGCACAGAGAGACGUCUCUGUUCUAUCAGCUCGAAGGACUUUUGAGAGAGAAGAGCUCUGAGGCCACAGAGGGAGGCAAAGGAAACAAGAUUGGAGAAUUCCAGGAAGAUGAUGGAAGAGGGCGCCAAGGACAGGAGAGUAAAGAUGACUGCAAGUGAUGCAAGUGAUGAAGUCAACUGGUGUGUGGUUCUCUCUUCCUUAAAGAUGUCAU